CAGGAUGCCUUGAGACACACGCAGCAUCUGGUGGAGGAUUAACAUACAUACAUGUGUAUGUAUGCGUCACGUAUAUAUUUACUGCAAAUGGUGGGGAUCAUUUAGUGCCCGAGAUGGGAGACCUGAAGUCAGGUUUUGAAGAGGUGGAUGGCGUGAGGCUCGGCUACCUCAUCAUUAAAGGAAAGCAAAUGUUUGCCCUCUCCCAAGUCUUCACGGAUCUGCUGAAGAACAUCCCGAGGACGACCGUGCACAAGCGCAUGGAUCAUUUGAAAGUGAAAAAGCACCACUGCGAUCUGGAGGAGUUGCGGAAACUCAAGGCAAUCAACAGCAUCGCAUUCCACGCCGCCAAAUGCACUCUCAUCUCCCGGGAAGACGUGGAAGCACUCUACACCUCCUGCAAAACCGAGCGUGUCCUCAAGACCAAGCGCAGGAGGGUCGGCCGGGCCCUGGCCACAAAGGCGCCGCCGCCAGAGCGCGCCGCCGCCGCCGCCAGCCCCCGCCCGGGUUUUUGGAAGGACAAGCACCAACUUUGGCGGGGCCUGAGCGGAUCCGCGCGGCCCCUGCCAAUCAGCGCGCAGUCCCCGCGCCCGGGCGCCGCCGCCGCGCGCCCCGCCGCCCAUCUACCUCAGAUUUUUAGCAAAUACCCGGGCUCGCACUACCCGGAAAUCGUGCGCUCGCCUUGCAAACCCCCUCUAAACUAUGAAACUGCCCCGCUCCAGGGAAACUACGUUGCUUUUCACUCGGACCCUGCUUAUUUUCGGAGCCUGCUGUGCAGCAAGCACCCGGCCGCCGCCGCCGCCGCCGCCGCCGCUGCCGCCGCCGCCGCCGCCGCCGCCGCCGCCUACUACCAGGCUUCGGCGGCCGGGCCCCAGCCCAAGGCGGCGGCGGCGGCGGCGGCGGCGGGCGCGGGAGGCCCGGUGAGCCUGACCUACCGGUGCAAGCGCAAGCGCGGGGGCGCCAAGGACUGCCUGCUCGCGCCCCACGCCGGCGCCCGCCGCCUGCUGCUGCUGCCCAGGUCCUACAAAGCCAAGGCGGCGGCGGCGGCGGCGGCAGCGGCGGCGGCGGCGGCCGCCGGGGCCACUUGCCUGGAGAGGUUUCAUCUGGUUAACAGCUUCUGCCCGCCUCCCCACCACCACCACCACCACCAUCACCACCACCACCACCACCACCACCGGGCCCAACAGCCGCAGCAGAAUCACCACCCCCCUCAUCACCACCGGCCGCAGCCCCAUCUCGGCAGCUUUCCCGAGAGUUGUAGCAGCGACUCGGAGUCCAGCUCCUACUCGGACCAUGCAGCCAACGACUCCGAUUUUGGCUCCAGUUUGUCCAGUUCCAGCAACUCCGUGUCCUCGGAGGAAGAGGAGGAGGAGGGAGAGGAGGAGGAGGAGGAAGAGGAGGAGGAGGAGGAGGAGGAGGGGGGCAGUGGGGCCUCGGAUUCCAGCGAAGUCAGCUCGGAGGAGGAGGACUCGUCCACGGAGUCGGACUCCAGCUCCGGCUCCAGCCAAGUGUCGGUGCAGAGCAUCCGUUUCAGACGCACCAGCUUCGGCAAGCCUCCCAGCGUGCAGGCGCAGGCCAACUUCUUGUACCAUCUGGCCUCCGCCGCCGCUGCAACCAAACCCGCUGCUUUCGAGGAUGCCGGCAGACUUCCCGACCUCAAGAGUAGUGUCAAAGCCGAGUCGCCGGAGGAGUGGAAUCUGCAGAGCUGGGCCCCCAAAGCGUCUCCGGUGUACUGCCCGGCCAGCCUGGGGAGUUGUUUCACAGAGAUAAGGAACGAUAGGGUAUCUGAGAUUACAUUCCCACACUCUGAAAUUUCCAGUACUGUAAAGAGAACUGACCUGACAAUUAACUGCUUGGCGGAGGGGGCCUCUUCACCUAGCCCAAAGACAAACAAUGCAUUUCCACAACAAAGAAUACUCCGAGAGGCUAGGAAAUGCCUACAAGCAACUCCUACUACGCACUGUGCUGAUAACAACACAAUAGCUGCUAGGUUCUUCGAUAAUGAUUCUUCAGGAGCAGCCGCAAAUUCAGAAAAAGACUCCAAAAUCCCUCAUUGUGCUGAAUUUGCUACGGAUUUGUCCUCUUCCCAAACCGCUUCUGAGGUGGAUAGAGCAGCACCAGCAGCAGCCACGAAAGCUGAGAAUCCGUGCACUAACGCGGGCGACAAGACCUUGCCAUUUCUGCACAAUAUUAAAAUCAAAGUAGAAGACAGUAGUGCUAAUGAAGAAUAUGAACCUGACCUUAUUACAAAUAAGCUUAAGUGCGAGUGCAAUGAUACAGAGGGUGAGUUUUACAGUGUGACUGAAAGUAAAGAGGAGGACGCCUUGUUAACCACAGCCAAGGAAGAAGGUUUUGCAUGCCCUGAAAAAGAAACGCUUUCCUUAAACCCACCGGCUCAGAGUCAGGGCCUCUCAUGCACUUUAGGUUCUCCAAAACCCGAGGAUGGGGAAUAUAAAUUUGGUGCCAGGGUGAGAAAAAAUUACCGGACACUAGUACUGGGAAAACGACCCGUACUUCAGACACCUCCAGUCAAACCAAAUUUGAAAUCAGCUAGAAGCCCUCGUCCUACAGGUAAAACCGAAACACAUGAAGGAACACUGGAUGAUUUUACAGUUAUAAACAGACGCAAAAAGGUAGCCAGCAAUGUAGCAUCAGCAGUGAAAAGGCCAUUUAAUUUCAUGGCAAAUUUUCCUUGUCCACCAUCACUCAUUAUUGGGAAGGAUGGGGAUUUGUGGCCGGCGUAUUCCUUAAACACCACUAAGGAUUCCCAACCUCCUCACAAAGCCCAUCCUAUAUGGAAAUGGCAGCUGGGCGGUUCUGCAAUACCUCUUCCACCGAGUCACAAAUUCAGGAAAUUUAAUUCAUAAAAGUGUUUUGGAAGAUAUUUUCUUGAACCAUAUUACCUUCCUUUUGUUGUAUAACUGCACAGGAUGGUUUGUACAAGUCCAUUAAUGUGUUACACCCCUUUUGGAGCCCUGGUUUAUCGCAUUUUGAAGACAGAAAUCGGAUUACUUUUUUUCCA